AGGGGCCCCCGCCAGCAGCGGGCCUGGGCCCAGGAGCAGACUGGGGCUCCGGAGACGGAGCGCGGGAUGACCCCUCCCCCUUGAUGGAAAGGCUCUCAGGAAAAGGACUAUUUAUUUCGUGAGACAGCCAGCGAGCGGGAGACGGAGGGAGAGUGUCCCGCGGAGCGGAGCGGAGCGGAGGAAGGCUCCCUGGCGCCGGGCCAGCCCAGCCCAGCCCGACCCAGCUCGCCUCGGGGCGCACGGCUGAGGAGGAAGGCAAACCCCUUCUGGUUGGCUCGCCGAGCGGGAACAUGAGUCUGGAGAGUGAGUCUGCCUCCUGACAGCCGCAGCGGCCGCCUAGCCUGCCCUCCCAGAACCACCCUGUCCUGCUCCCGGGAGGCCUGGCGGGGCUGCUUCUCUAGCCCCCUUUGCAUGUGCUGACAUCUGGCCUGGGGUGCGAGCGUCGAGGAGGAAGAUGGGGCAGCGGCUGCAAACACAGCAUCAAGAGGGACUUGGGGGUCUCCCCGGGGCCCUAUGAGGGAGGACAGCAGCCAGGCAGGGCAGAAGGAACCCAGCCCAGCCCCACCACCUGGGGAGCCUUCCUGAGACAGGUGCCCAGCUGCCUUCCGUUUUAGUUCCUCCAGACCUUGAGAGAGUCAAUCCCCUUGAAGGGAAGACCCAUUUUCCUGGCCCAUGGGGCUCGGGCCCCUCCUGCCCCCUCUUAUCAGCACAGUGAGUUUUAUGUCUGCCAGGCUCUGGGGCCCCCAGUUUCCUAUACUCAUGAGAGCCCAGGGUCUUUGGGGAAAGAGAUACUGAGCCUCGAAACAGAAAGCUGGGAUCAACGGCUCGGCGUUCUUGAACACCUGCCUGGCCAGGGCUCUCAACCUCUGUGCCCAGAGACUCCGUCCUCCGGCUCGCCACCUUUGCACCCGACUCUUGGCUCCCUAGCCCUGGCCUUGUGAGCCCAGAGACCACCUGCCUGCUCCCACCCCUCUGGAAUCGUGUCCGUCCAUCCAUCCAUCCCUCUGUCUGCAGACCUGGGCUGCCUGCCCUGCCCCUGCCCCCACCAUGAGACUGUGGGUCUGGGCUGUGGCCAUGGCUCUUCUGUGGGGCACCAGCGCCAAGAGGGAACGCAAGAAGGCCAAGGAGAUGAGCCAGUACACGGAGCCCUUCAAUGCCACUGUCUCCAACAGCGAGGAGUUGCCCGGGCACCCCAAGCCACCUGAGGCUGCAGGUCCUGAGCUCACCGAUGCCCACAAAACUUGGCUGAACUUCGUCCGGAGGCCAGAUGAUGGGACACCCCGGAAGAAAUGCAGAGGGAAAGACAAGAAAUUACGUGGCCUUGUGGGCCCUCCAGGCCCCCCAGGCCCUGCUGGUCCCCCAGGUCCCCCGGGGGCUGAAGUUACCCAGGAAGCCCUAUUGCAGGAGUUCAAGGACAUGCUGAAAGAGGCCACAGAGCGCCGGGCAGCCAUGGUGGCCUUGGCCCAGCCCAGCCAGCGGCCCUUGGACUCCAUAGCGGCCCCCUAUAGGCGUGUGGAAGAAGCCUUUCAUUGCAAGCUGAAAGCCCAGCUGGUCAUUGACAAGAAGACCCUGAUGGAGCUGCACAACUUCCAGGCGCCUCUGGCCAAGGGGGCCUUCCUGAGGGGAUCAGGCCUGAACCUUUCUACAGGCCGUUUCACCGCCCCUGUGUCCGGCAUCUACCAAUUCUCAGCCAACGUGCACAUCGAUCACAGUGAGCUGAAGAGCCGAGCCCAACUGAGGGCCCGAGACAAUGUCCGUGUGCUGAUCUGUAUUGAAUCCUUGUGUCACCGACACACGUCCCUAGAGGUGAUCACCGGCCUUGAGAGCAACAGCAAGAUCUUCACGGUGCAUGUGCAGGGGCUUCUGCAGCUUCAGGUUGGUCAGUACACCUCCAUCUUUGUGGACAACAGCGCUGGGGCCGCCCUCACCAUCCAGAACGGCUCAGACUUCAUGGGGCUGCUCGUGGGACUGUGAUCUGGAGGGAAGGCCAAGCAGCUCCCAGCCGGGGCCAGUGAGGGAGCACCGGACUGUGGGAAGAGAGGGGCACGGGGCAGAGAAAGAAAGGCCUGUAUCCUUUGGCCUCACUUCUCCAGGGCCUGGGAGUCCAGCCAGGGUCUCCCUUCCCUCCAUGCCCUCCAUGUUCCCCUGAACACCGCCCCCCACAACACACAUUACACCCAUACAUAUCACAUACACAAUAGACACAUACACCACAUACAUAUCACAUACACUUGCCACACACAUACACACACAUAUACACAUACCACACACACACACACACCUUGUGGGUCAGAGGUGGCUGCUUCUUCUUUUGUUCUUGUCUAUUCUUAUUAUACACUUUACUGAUAAUAAUU